AUGGCGUCCUCAGAGUCGCAGACCCCCCCGUACUUGACCGCCGCGCAGGUGCGCGAGCACUUCUUCGCCUUCUUCAGGAGCAAGGACCACCCCUACGUCCCCUCCUCCUCCACCAUCCCGUAUGAGGACCCGACGCUGCUCUUCGCCAACGCUGGCAUGAACCAGUUCAAGUCCAUCUUCCUCGGCACGGUCGACCCCCAUUCCGAGCUCGCGCGACUGAAACGCGCGUUCAACUCGCAGAAGUGCAUACGUGCAGGCGGAAAACACAACGAUCUGGAGGAUGUCGGGAAGGACUCGUAUCACCACACGUUCUUCGAGAUGCUGGGCAACUGGUCGUUCGGCGACUACUUCAAGAAAGAAGCCAUCUCGUAUUCCUGGGAGCUCCUGACGGGGGUCUACAAGCUCCCCAAAGACCAACUCUACGUCACGUACUUCGAGGGAGACCCCAAGAACGGCCUCGAGCCUGACCUCGAGGCGAAACAGUACUGGUUAGCAACCGGCGUUGCGGAGGACCACAUCAUCCCCGGCAAUGCGAAGGACAACUUCUGGGAGAUGGGCGCGACCGGACCUUGCGGGCCCUGCAGUGAAAUCCACUUCGACCGCAUAGGCGGCCGGAACGCGGCCGACCGCGUGAACCAGGACGACCCGGACGUGCUCGAGAUCUGGAACAACGUCUUCAUCCAGUUCAACCGCGAGGAAGACGGCUCGCUCCGCCCGCUCCCCGCGAAGCACGUCGACACCGGCAUGGGCUUCGAGCGCCUCGUCUCCGUCGUGCAGAACAAGCGCUCCAACUACGACACCGACGUCUUCGCGCCGCUGUUCGCGAAGAUCCAGGAGCUCACCGGGGUCCGCGCGUACGCGGGCAAGUUCGGCGACGAGGACCCGGACGGGGUCGACACCGCGUACCGCGUCAUCGCGGACCACGUGCGCACGCUGACGUUCGCGCUGAGCGACGGCGGCGUGCCGAACAACGUCGGGCGCGGGUACGUGCUCAGGCGGAUCCUGAGGAGGGGCGCGCGGUUUGCGCGGAAGAAGCUGGGCGUGCCCAUCGGCGCGUUCUUCUCGUCGCUGGUCCCGGUCGUCGUCGAGCAGAUGGGCUCGGUCUUCCCUGAGAUCACGCAGAAGUACGACGAGAUCAAGGAGAUCCUCGACGAGGAGGAAGAGUCGUUCUCGCGCACGCUCGACCGGGGCGAGAAGCUCUUUGAGCAGUACGCGAAGAAGGCGCUCGAGGCCGGCCAGAAGGAGCUCAGCGGGAAGGACGUGUGGCGGCUGUACGACACGUACGGCUUCCCCGUCGACCUCACGCGGCUCAUGGCGGAGGAGCUUGGGCUGGGCGUGAACGAGGCGGAGUUCGAGGCUGCGCAGGCGGCGUCGAAGGAAGCCAGCAAGGCGGGCGUGAAGAAGGGCGCGGGCGAGACUGUUGCGCUCGACGUGCACGACAUCGCGGCGCUGGAGAAGAAUGUGGACGUGCCGAAGACGGACGAUUCGUUCAAGUUCCAGCGCGGUAGCAUCACAGCAAAGGUCGUCGCUAUCUACAACAAGAAGGCCUUCCUGAAAACCACCGGGGAGAUCCCUGAGGACACCACGUUCGGGCUGAUCCUCGACCGCACAAGCUUCUACGCGGAGUCCGGUGGUCAGGAAUACGACACCGGCAGCAUCAUCAUCGACGGCGUGGCAGAAUUCGAAGUGACGAACGUCCAGGUCUUUAACGGCUACGUCCUCCACAUCGGUCGUAUGAAGUACGGCAAGCUGGCCGUCGGCGACGAGAUUGUCUCGUCAUACGACGAACUCCGACGCUGGCCGCUCCGCAACAACCACACCGCGACGCACAUCCUCAACUACUCCCUGCGCGAGGUCCUCGGCGACCACAUCGACCAGAAGGGCUCGCUCGUCGCGCCCACGAAGCUCCGCUUCGACUUCUCGCACAAGGCGCAGGUCACCCCGGCCGAGCUCGCGAAGAUCGAGGCGCUCAGCCAGGACUGGGUGCGCCGCAACGUCGGCGUGUACGCGAAGGAGCUCGCGCUGCCCGUCGCGCAGAAGAUCCACUCGCUCCGCGCGGUCUUCGGGGAGUCGUACCCGGACCCGGUGCGCGUCGUCGCGCUCGAGUACCCCGUGGAGGAGAUCGCGCAGGAUCUGGAGAACCCGAGGUGGCGGAAGACGAGCAUCGAGCUGUGUGGCGGCACGCACGUCGCGAAGACGGGCGAGAUCAAGGACUUCAUCGUCACGGAAGAGUCCGGGAUCGCGAAGGGCAUCCGGCGCGUCGUCGCGGUCACAGGGCACGAGGCGGCAGAGGCACGCCGGCAGGGCGAGUCGCUCACCGCGCAGCUCAACCGCAUCGAGUCGCUGGGUGACGCCGAGAAGGACGUGGCGCUAAAGGCGUACACGGUGCAAAUCGGCCAGGCGGACAUAUCGCUGCUCAAGAAGAACGAGCUUCGGGAUCGUCUGGGCGCCGUCAGGAAGGCGUUCGACAAGUACCUGAAGGACAAGGAGGCCGCCGCGAAUAAGGCUGCUGGCGACGCGCUGCAGCAGUUCUUCAAGGAGAAGCCGGACGCGCCCGCGUACUUCGCCGUCCUCGACGUGAACGCCAACGCAAAAGUCCUGCAAGGCGUCGUCCUCCAAGCGAAGAAGCUCGGCAAGUCCAUCUACAUCUUCAGCGCGGACGCGGCGAACGGCAAGGUCGCGCACGUCAACGCCGUCUCUGAGGCUGCAAAGGCCAAGGGAUUGGACGGACGGGAGUGGGCGAACGCCGUGGUGGAUAUUCUUGGCGGCAAAGCGGGCGGCAAGCCCGAUGGCGCGCAGGGGGUUGGUACAGAGGUGUCGAAGGUGCAGGACGCGCUGGAGGCCGCUCGGAAAUUUUUCGAGACGAAGACGUCGAGCUGA